UGGCUUGGUAGGGAUCCCUGCUAGCUAGCCUGGGUUUUUUGAGAAUCUGGCUAUUUUACGGAAGUGGUUCCCGCCGCUUAUGCCAUGGUCCUGGAACUGUACCUGGAUUUGCUGUCGCAGCCCUGUCGCGCCAUCUAUAUCUUCGCCAAGAAGAACAAUAUCCCGUUCCAGAUGCAUACGGUGGAGCUGCGCAAGGGUGAGCACCUCAGCGCUGCAUUUGCCCGGGUGAACCCCAUGAAGAAGGUACCAGCCAUGAAGGAUGGUGACUUUAUCUUGUGUGAGAGUGUGGCUAUCCUGCUCUACCUGGCCCACAAGUAUAAGGUUCCUGAUCACUGGUACCCCCAAGACCUGCAGGCCCGUGCUCGUGUGGAUGAGUACCUGGCAUGGCAGCAUACGAGCCUUCGGAGAAGCUGCCUCCGGGCCCUGUGGCAUAAGGUGAUGUUCCCUGUUUUCCUGGGUGAGCAAAUACCUCCUGAGAUGCUGGCGGCCACGUUGGCAGAACUGGAUGUUAACCUACAGGUGCUCGAAGACAAGUUUCUCCAGGACAAAGCCUUCCUUGUUGGGCCCCACAUCUCGCUGGCUGACUUGGUAGCCAUCACAGAGCUGAUGCACCCUGUAGGCGGUGGCUACCCAGUCUUUGAAGGGCGUCCCAAGCUGGCUGCAUGGUACCAGCGAGUGGAGGCAGCUGUGGGGAAGGACCUCUUCCGAGAAGCCCAUGAUGUCAUCCUGAAGGCGAAGGACUGUCCACCUGCUGAUCCCGCCGUUAAGCAGAAGCUGAUGCCCAGAGUGGUGGCCAUGAUCCAGUGACUUCAGCCGCUUCAUCCCUGCACCAGCCGUGGCAAUUCACAACUCACUUGCAUUACACUAGUGAUGCACCCCCGCCCCCCAAGCAUGUUGGUUCUCAGGUUCCAUCUUCAUCCAGCUUCAUCCUUUCCCCACAAUAGCCACACAUGACCUCAACUAUAAUCACUGCUUUCCCCUUCGAGUUUGGGUAAUAAACCAAGAUUCGGUGUGAGCUUCA